AUGGUCACGGCACGGCGGACCAGAGGAGGGCUGGCUGGCAGCAAAAGAUGGGCUGCGCUUUUUACGUGUAUGAGCACCAGGGCCACACAUAUAGAAGUACUGGAGUCAAUGGACUCUUCAAGCUUCAUUAACGCUCUACGACGGUUCUUCUCAGUCAGGGGGCCAGCGAAACAGAUCAGAAGCGAUUGUGGUACCAAUUUCGUCGGGGCCUGUAAGGAGUUGCAGAUCGACACUGUGACCAGCGACAAAGAGGUGCAAGGAUAUCUCAGUGACAAUGGGUGUAAGUGGAUCUUCAACCCACCACACUCUUCACACAUGGGGGGCAGUUGGGAGCGGCUAAUUGGACUGACAAGGCGUAUCCUGGACUCUAUGCUGUUGAAGGUCGGCCCAGCUAAGCUCACACAUGAGGUCCUGACUACAUUCAUGGCGGAGGUCUCUGCUAUCCUCAACGCCCGUCCUCUGGUUCCUGUGUCCACAGACCCUGACUCCCCAUUCAUCCUGACACCAGCGACACUUCUCACACAGAAAGUCGGAGCCCUUCCUCCUCCCAAGGGUGAAUUUGACAAGAAGGACCUCUAUGGCAAGCAGUGGAGGCAGGUCCAAAGCCUCGCCAACACCUUUUGGCAUCGAUGGAGGACUGAGUACCUUCCCACUCUGCAGAGACGCAGGAAGUGGGAAAAGGAGAAACGGAAUCUGAAAGAAGGAGAUGUCGUCCUCUUGAAAAAUGAUCAGUUGCAGAGAAACGACUGGCACAUGGGUAUCAUCAUCAAGACCUUCCCUAGCGCAGACGGGAGGGUAAGGAAGGUGGAGAUCAAGACUGCAAAGGAUGGGUCAAGCAAGACCUUUCUGCGACCUGUCUCAGAGGUCGUCCUACUCCUCUCCCCAGAGACUGACUAGGGUUUAUUCUUCUUUAACUCCCCUUGUUAAAGGUGGCAUCCUUUAUCCUUUUUAGAUACCAGGCGGGGAGUGUUCUGGACUGAGUUAAUUUCAUGGGUAAUUGGUGUGUUAUUUCCUCCUCCUGCCACUAGGUGGUGUCUUGAAUUCAUGGUGGGCAUGUAACACUUAGAAGAAGUCACCUAGAAUCUUUGUUUUCAGUCAGACUAGUUCGGGGCAUGGUAAAUUGAG